CGUGACUGACGUUGACGCGUGAGCAGCCAAACAGCCAAAAAAAGCAAUCCUGGAGUCUGAAAAUUCCGAAAUUUCCACGCUUCUAUUCCGCAUUUAGAGCAGACAAUUUGUGGCGCAGCUAAAUUCGAUUUAUUCCUUACCUGUCGAGGCCUUCGAAGCAAGAAAAACUUACGGGAAGCAUGAUGCUUAGCAGGAACCGCUACCGACGGCACCAGCUGCAACCGAGUGCGUACGAUUACGCCCAGAUACGCCCUCCGAUGGAUGAACUGUAUCCCUAUGAUAAUUAUGAUUAUAAGCAAGCAGAGAGCACCGAGCAGAACCACGCCGAUCAGAAUGCCGUUGUCGAUCCGGAAUGUUUGAUCAAGCACCCGUUGCAGUUCACUUGGACGCUUUGGUAUCUGGAGCCUGACCGUUCCAAAUCAUGGGAAGACACAUUGAACGAGGUGACCAGCUUCUCCACCGUGGAGGACUUCUGGAGUCUGUACAAUCAUAUUAAGAGCCCGUCCGACGUCAAGGUGGGUAGCGAUUACUGUCUGUUUAAGGCGGGCAUUCGUCCAAUGUGGGAGGACGAGGCCAACAAGCGUGGCGGACGGUGGAUGGUGAAUGUUCCACGAGGACAGCGCCAGGAUUUGGACAAAUAUUGGCUAGACACGAUUUUAUGCCUGAUCGGAGAAGCAUUCGAAAGUGCCGAUGAAAUUUGCGGCGCCGUAGUAAACGUUCGUCCAAAAAUUGAUAAAAUCGCAAUCUGGACAGCCAACUUUCAGAAUCGCGAUGCUAUUUUGUCGAUUGGUCGCAUCUACAAGGACCGAUUGGGAUUAAAAAGUCAGCUAACUUAUCACUUACACAAGGACACUAUGGUGAAAUCGGGAUCGAGUGUCAAAGCCGUCUACACGAUUUCGUAGAGAGGAAAACAAGCUUCUAACCGAACGUAUACCGACUUUGGGACAGCCGACGAAAGAUGAUGAACGGUUCGCUCGCCGUCCCCCCGAUUAGUUAUUUCAUCGUCGUCCUUAUUCUCUUUAUUUUUCUAUUCUACCAAUACAAUAAUAGUGCGACGAAGGCGAAGUUCCGGCUACCUACCCUACUCCUCCCGCUUCGAAUCGGCUCGUAGUAAUGAACCGACAUCUAAACUAAACACAGGAACACUAAUUUAUAUUCAAAUAAUAAUAAAUAAAUGAAUUUAUAUAAAAAA